AUGACUCCGCCAGAAAGAAGGCCGGGGUUGGGAGAUGACCAUAUCGAAGGUGCAGAUGAACACGGUCGACAAGGCUCUUUCUUCUCGCGUCUAAAGGCCAUGGCUACACCCACCCACUCGCGCCAUCCGAGUGAAUUCACAAAUGCUUCGGUCCUCAUGACCCCUACCGAAGAGUUGGAUGAGCCCCAUUUCCCCAUAUACUCGCAGUCGCAGCACGAUGGCAGUGAAGCAGAGGGUGAUAUCGAAGAGAGCUCCAUGGAUGAGGCUCACGAGAACCACGAACCUCGCCAAAAGCGCAAGGCCAGGAGGAAGAUGGACAAGACUGCCUCUGCUGGCCCUUCCACACCACGCACUCCGCGCUUUCCUUCUUUCCUCCGUGACCAUGCAGAUCGUACUCCGCGUCUGCCUCGCAGAGCCACAAUGACAGAUAUUCCUGAGAAUUCGAGAGCAGGCGUCAGCGAGGAUGAAGGUCGUGACCGUCUGGCCAAAAGUGCUUGGAGGCGUGGGCUCGAGGGUGCAAGAGGGCUUAGUUAUGCCCCUCGUAGCAGCAGACCGACAAACGAUGCUGCCGAGCAAUCAGACUCGAACCGUCCGCCGACCGCGAGAAGAUUUACCGGCUUUGGUGCCCUCGACGGAUCCGCCUCCCCUUGGCGAGGUCGCGGAGAGCGUCAACAAAGUACCAGCGCUCAAAAGUGGAAACAAGUCAAAGCUGGUCUGAAACUUCUUGGUCAACGCAAAAAGGACGAGCGAGUCAAGGUGGAUCAUCAAAAGUCUACAGAGCUCAUGGCCGAGCUGCUGGCCGGCUCCCCUGCCGCCAUCUUCUUGGCCAGUAUGUACCAGCGCGACGAACACGGACGCCGCAAGAUUCCUGUCUUGCUCGAGCAACUCAAAAUCACCAUUCCAUCCAGUCAGAACCGCGAGAGUAAGUCUGGCGAUCGCCAUAUGGUCUUCACCAUCAAUCUGGAAUACGGAAGUGGACCGUCACGCAUGUCGUGGACUAUCCACCGCUCUCUCAGAGAUUUCAGCAACCUGCAUCUCAAGUACAAGUUCCAGAGCCAAUCGGAGCGCUACUCAAUACUCAAGACUGAAGAUCGUUCGAAAGCCAAAAUUCCUCGAUUUCCGAGGAGUGCCUUUCCAUACCUUCGUGGUGUGAGAGGUCUGGCCGAUGACGAGGAAGAAGAGGACGACAACGCGAUCGCCGAAGCGAGCGGUCCCGAUGGCGAAGCAAGUGGACCUGAACGACCUGGAAUGAAGAAGCGUCGUAGAACGUCCUUUGCACUCUCCAGACGCAAGUCAAGCACCGGUCAUGCAUCUGGUGCCGAAAACGGUGAUGCCACUCGAGCUGGCAGUAUUGUUGGUGGAGGCGCCAAGGCAAAAGAUCUAUACAAUGAGCGUCAACGCAGGAAGCUGGAGAACUAUCUGCAGCAAAUGAUCAGAUGGCUAGUCUUCCGUCCUGACAGCACACGACUGUGCAAGUUCCUUGAGCUUUCCGCUCUGUCUUUGCGCUUGUCGGUGGAGGGUGGUUAUCAUGGAAAGGAGGGCUUGAUGUCCAUCAUCUCCAAACCUAACAUCGACCUGCGUAGAAGGCCAGUCACUGGGUCGGUCUCUGCAUUCAAGCGAAACGCCGAGCCCAAGUGGUUCAUGAUCCGCCACAGCUACAUAGUUGCCUUGGAUAGUCCCGAGUCACUGGAGCCACGCGAAGUCUUCCUUGUAGACGGCGAUUUCACUACCGACAAGGCCAGCAAAAAACGCCUGAGAGAUCAAACAGCAGAAGAGCUGGCCAAAACUGCAGGCAACGCCACACAACCAAAACAUCACAUUCUUCGACUCUACAACUCGGAGCGGAAAUUGAAGAUGUUGGCCAAGAACGAGCGCCAACUGGUGCAGUUCAACGAGUCGAUCGACUACAUGGUGCGAAACACGGUUUGGUCGCUGAAACAUCGCUUCGAUAGUUUUGCCCCAGUCCGCAAGAAUGUCUUUGCUCGCUGGCUGGUUGAUGGCAGAGAUCACAUGUGGCAGGUCUCGAGAGCUAUUGACAACGCCAGAAGCUUUGUGUACAUUCACGACUGGUGGUUGAGUCCCGAGUUGUACCUGCGCAGACCAGCUGCCAUUAGUCAGAAGUGGCGACUCGACCGUCUGCUCCUACGCAAAGCUCAAGAAGGCGUCAAGAUAUUCGUCAUCGUCUACCGCAAUAUCGAGUCCGCCAUCCCCAUUGACUCUGAAUACACGAAAGCCUCGCUCCUGGACCUUCAUCCCAACAUCUGCGUCCAACGCUCGCCCAACCAGUUCAGGCAGAAUCAGUUCUUUUGGGCGCACCACGAAAAGCUAGUUGUUAUUGACAAUGCCAUGGCGUUCGUGGGAGGUGUAGAUCUGUGUUUCGGAAGAUGGGACGACCCUCACCACUCUUUGACUGACGACAAGCUAACUGGUUUCGAAUUGGAUAUGGAAGGACCCAGAACUGCUGACAACUGUCAAGUCUGGCCUGGUAAAGAUUACUCGAACCCCAGAGUUCAGGACUUCUACGCCCUGGAUCGUCCGUACGAGGAGAUGUAUGAUCGUACUAAGGUGCCUCGUAUGCCUUGGCACGACAUUGCCAUGACAAUUGUUGGUCAGCCUGCUAGAGAUGUGGCUCGUCACUUUGUUCAGCGAUGGAACUAUAUUCUCAGACAGCGUGUACCUUCUCGUCCUACACCUAUCCUCCUGCCUCCGCCUGAAUUCGAUCAGAGCGAACUCGAACGUCUCGGCAUGACUGGUACUUGCCAAAUUCAGAUCCUCCGCUCUUGUACGUCUUGGUCGAUUGGCACACCGAACAAGACUGAAUGCAGCAUCAUGAACGCCUACGUCUACCUGAUCACCAACUCUGAGCACUUUGUGUACAUCGAAAACCAGUUCUUCAUCACUAGCUGCGUUGUUGAAGGUACUCAAAUCAACAACAAGAUUGGCGAUGCUCUUGUUGAGAGAAUUGAGCUUGCUCAUCAGAGAGGUGACAAGUGGAGAGCAUGCUUGAUCAUCCCGCUCAUGCCUGGUUUCCAGAACCAAGUCGAUUCUCAAGAUGGUACCAGUGUUCGUCUAAUCAUGCAGUGCCAAUAUCGUAGCAUCUGCAGAGGCGAAUCAUCAAUCUUUGGCAGGCUGCGUGCCCAGGGCAUCGACCCUACGCAAUACAUCGAAUUUUACGCUCUGAGACAAUGGGGCAAGAUUGGUCCUCGCAAGUGUUUGACUACCGAGCAACUCUACAUUCACGCCAAGUGUAUGGUUGUCGACGACCGCAGUGUCAUCAUCGGAUCUGCCAACAUCAACGAGCGCUCCAUGUUGGGCUCUAGAGACUCUGAGGUGGCUGCCAUCGUCACUGAUCAGGAAAUGAUUCCUUCUCUCAUGGGCGGCAAGCCUUAUGACGUUGGCACUUUCCCUCACACGCUUCGCAUGCGCCUUAUGCGUGAGCACCUUGGCAUCGAUGUCGACGACAUCUACCGUCGCGAGUGUGAAGCCGAGAAGGCAUUCCAAGAUGAGGAGAUGGAGCGCAUCUACAGAGAUGACUCCAUCACACCUCCUGAGACUCCCACAGCAGCUCACGGUCUGACUGAGGAGAACUUGCAGUACAAUAGCGAGCCUGAUGGUAAGGCUGGUGUCUUGCAGAACUUCCUCAACGAGACCAACACUACCCAUACUGGCCAGGUUGAUGGCGCCGGCAGCAAGAAGCAGUCGUUUGACAUCAAGCAUGACCUCGAUGUUGCUGGGUAUGGUCCCGACAACAUGAAGAAUCUCGAGAACGUAGCCGACAUGUCUGCAAGAGACACGUACAUCACACCUCACGGCAAGGAAGUGCUCAAGAGUGCCAAUCUGCUCGAUGCUGCUGCACGUCCCAGAUCUUCGUCGGUGAGAAGAGACAUCAUCAACCACCACAUCUAUGACCACCCUCACAAUGCCACCGAGGCAGGUCGCAUCCUCCCUCCACCAAUGCCACCUCGCAUGAACACGCGCGAGCUUGGUCUCACUCAUCUGUCUCAACUCCCUCCACUUCCCGUCUCUGAUGACUCGGACAUAGGUGGCCCGUCAUUGGUCAAGGAGGUCAAUUCAGAGAAUGCUCACGUUAUCAACCCGCUUCUCAACUCCAUGACACGACCUCUGGUUGAUGAGGACUGCAUGCGUGAUCCGCUGGACAACGACUUCUACAAGAAGAUCUGGCAUCAGGUAGCAGAGAACAACACUCGCAUCUACCGCCAGGUAUUCCGUUGUAUGCCUGAUUCUGACGUCCAGUCAUGGGCUGAAUAUCGCCAAUUCAACGCUUACAGCGAAAAGUUCAUGCAGUCGCAAGGUAUGGGUAUGGGUUCGCCGUUUUCCAAGCCAUCGGGCGAUGCCCCUGACACCAGCGGUCCUCCCGGCUCUGGCGGCACCGAUGCUCUUUCCUCCGUCGCAAACCCUUCAGAACGCAUUGCCAAGCACGCCAGUAAUAGGUUCAGCGGAUUGAGCAAACUGUUUGGUGGGCGCCCUGGCACUUCGCAAUCCACUGCUACCGCCGCCACCGCCGAUAUAUCUGAAAAGCAGGGCCUGGACGGUGGACCCCGAGCUUCAGACUCAGCACUCACCAACCACGCCGACGACGCCACCGCUGCCGAAGAACCCUUUGACGAAAAAGCAGCCGCUGCACGCAACGACACCGCAACAACCGACACCACACUCGCGGCACCACUCGACGGCGUGCCCACCAACACCACUUCCUCCACCCCGUUCCGCCCCCUCAAAUCCCGCACCAUCCAGUUCCCCGAAAUGACCGAAAAGGAAAAGAACUUUGAAGCCGGUCCGUUCCAACAUGCAGCUACUGUCAGUGGCAGUGGCAACAUGCAACACAGCACUUCUACGAAACGCAGACGCAAUAGAGCGAAUACCAAAGGCAGUAUGAGGAACGGAGGUGUUUUCGAGCCAGAGGUUUUGACGAAGGAUGAGGCGGAAGGACUGUUGAAGUUGGUGCAGGGGCAUUUGGUUGUUUGGCCUUAUGAUUGGCUUGAGAGAGAAGAAAAAGGCGGCAAUUGGCUUUACAAUAUCGAUCAGAUUGCUCCUUUGGAGAUCUAG